AGUAUCAAUGGACAGUUAAGUCCCUAUCGCGCACAGGUGUCGGUGUUUAAGUGGUUUCGUCAAUUAAUGUUUCAAGUUUACAGAACGGAUGUAUUAACACCAUUUCUUCUAAACAUUUCCUAUUGAAGAUGAUUUUCAUAUCUGUAGUGCCGGUAUUAACUAGAGUUAUUUCAAAACUAGAAUCAGUGACAUGUUUAUAUUCAGUAUCGUUGUGAAACACGUGGAUUUUCCGAGUCAACGGCUAAACAUAGAGUUACAAGAAUCAUGGCUGCCAGUACGGACAUUGAAACAGUGUCGGGUUCAAAAAAGUUUGACAUAUGGGAGUUGAUCAAGCGUGCCAACACGACGGACCCCUACAUCUUGAUGGCCAAACACCGCAUGAACAAGAGUGUCACGCGGCGCUCGCGGACAGGUGGGCGCGUCGUAGGACGGCGGCGGAGGCGGACGUCGACCACAGCGGACUCCUUCGGGAACGAGUCCAGAAUGAGUCACACGGAUACAGAGAUAGACGAAGAAGAGGAUUUUGACUAUGAUGCCGCUCAAAUGUUGGCUUUAGUGAAUAAAGAAUCGCAACCGGAGGAGGAAGUCCACCAUGACACGAAUUUGGAACAUUGUCAGGAGAUGUAUGCGCGCGCAUGUCGUCAGUAUGGCGUUCACCCGGUCGCAUGCUUCAACGAGGCGUUGAAAAAGGACAAGUGUAUUUUGCGUCAUCGUCAGAUGACCCCUAAUGAAAUAAAGGCUUUGGCGGUAGCCCUCGUGGUGAACUCGUCAGUGGAAACCCUCGACCUCGGUGACAACGAUAUUGGACAGAAGGGUGCCGAAUAUAUCGCUGACAUGUUACGGGAAAACAAUUUUAUCAAACACAUUAACCUGGAGGAUAAUAACCUUGGCGCGGCCGGGGUGAAACACAUGGUAGAUCUCGUCAAACAGCUCGACUCCAUCACCAGUCUUAACAUAGCGGGUAAUGGUCUCCGUGAGUGUGACUCAGAGGUCAUUCGUCCGUUAAUUGAGGAUACAUUAAACCUGAAACACUUGAGUGUCGCCCACAAUCAGCUACGGAUGGUGGGUGGGGAAGUAAUAGGCGAGGCGCUUGUUUGGAAUGAUACCAUGGAGACGCUGGAUCUCUCAUGGAACAAUCUGCGCAGGGAUGGCGCAGUCCUGGUAGCCGAGGGCCUCGCGGAAAACACAUGCUUAAAGAAGCUUAACUUAGCAUGGAACGGGUUUUACCUGGACGGAUGUCGCGCGCUAUCACGUGCACUGGAGGACAACAAGACGCUCAUAGAACUUGAUCUCACGUGCAAUAGAAUCAGCAAAGAGUGCUUGGAGAAACUGCUGGGAGGAUUGAAGAAAAAUAGUACUCUAGAAAUACUUAGGUUGGGUUGGAACCCGCUCACCCCUGCGGGCGCCAUGAUUAUGUUGGAGUUUAUCCGGGACACCAAAACCAGUGCCAUCAAGGAAUUAGAUCUUACAGACCAGCUUGUUGAGCCCGCAUUUGUCGCGUUGCUCGGGGAAAUGGAAAUGAAGAAGGAAAUCAAGGUUGCCUUUGGACAGGUCCUCGGAACGGACAAGCGUGGUGACGACGAUGACGAAAAACAGUUGAUGGACGAGAACCCCAUCAUCGUUCUCAUGGAGUUCGGCAAAUUGAUGGGAUUCCGACUCAUGGACUUGUUCUCUGCUCUCGACAAGGACGGAAGUAAAUCUCUAGAUCACCAGGAGAUACGCAGCGGACUCAGGAUGGUGAAUAUCCCGCUCAGCGACAAGUGCAUCGAAAUCCUGAUCAAUAAGUUGGACGUAGACGGCGACGGAGAAAUAGACUUUGGCGAGCUCAUGGCAGCUCAGACGGAGCACAGGAAGAAGAUGAGCAAGUUCUAUGCUGCACAGGAGAGCGACAUCGACAUCGAGGACACCGACAUCGGGAGAGUCCGGAUCAAGCUAUCGCGCCUAAUGGCGAAAAAGAUGUCCGGGAACCCGGCUUUUAAACGCAAGAUGACUUCUCUCCUGGAGCAGAUGGGUAUCCUGGAAGCGGACCAGUAAUAGCUACCCAUAACGAGGCCCUUGUUAUCAGACAUUGUUAUACGUUGCCAUGACAAUCAACAGCCAAUGACAUUCAAAUGAACUUCCAUCUUAUUAUUGUUGAAAGUAUUAAUGUAAUAUUUAAUAUAAUAAACGAUUAAUGUAAA